AUGGACGUCAUUAGACUUAACGUGUCUGGGAAACGGUUUCUAAUCAAGCGAGAAACUCUUUUGAGGUACCCUGGAACACGACUUGCAGAACUCGGAACGUCAUCGCCCGAAUAUAACCCCAGCACCAAGGACUACUACUUCGACAGGAAUUCGAAGCUCGUUCCGUUCAUCUUAGACUUGUACCGAACUGGAGAGCUUCAUCUACCUCAAAACUUCUGUCCGUCUGCUAUCAAGGUGGAACUGUUAUUCUGGGGAAUUCCCGAGGACGCUAUAUCCGACUGCUGCUGGAAACUGUACUUCCGCCAUGCCAAGGACAUGAACAUCUUCCACGUCAUCAGAAACGCUCUGCGCAGUCUGUCGCCCGACUCGGAUGUCGUGGUCGACUCUUUAAGACAGAAAAUAUGGCUGACGAUGUCGGUCCCUGACUAUUCAUUUUUCGCCAAGCUGGUGUUCACACCCGUGUAG